AUGCGUUACUUCCUCACCCGUCACAGCCAGAGCAUCACCUCCCUCGAUCUCAUCUUCACAGAUGUGCAGCAGCUCCGCUCCCUCCGCCCCUUGAUCGCUCACUGCAGCCCCUCCCUCUCCUCCUUCAGCAUCAAGCUUCUUGGGUUUGUAGACAGCAACGACGAGCAGGAGUACAAGGACUGGACCCUGAGCUUCCUGAAAAACUGCUCACGCCUGCAGCACCUGAAGCUGGGCCGGGGCAUGUGGAAUCUCGACAAGAGCUGUGCGAAUGCUGCGUGGCUGAAAUCAAUUCGCUGCCUGACCCUCAAGCAGGUGGACACCAACCACGUCAACUUCAAGUAUCUGGAUUCCAUCACGCCGCAGCUGCACGAGUUCACGCUCUACCAGCACUGGCACCUCUCCCGCGGCCCCAUGUUUGGCACCCACGAGAUGAAAUUCUCCUUCCCCAACGCCCGCCUCCUCCGCUUCCGCUUUGCCAGCAACGAGCUCAAGCUCACACUCACCGUCUCCAAGGCUCUCAAGACUCUGUCGGUGAUGGCCAAGUGGCUGGUCCUUUCCUGCAAGAGCACCGCCCCUCUCGCACUCGACCACCUCUCGUUGUACGGCCAGGAACGUCUUGUCAUCUCUUCCCUCCGCAUCGCAUCCGCGCGGGCUGUGUACCUCAACGGCCCUGCAACUGACAAGGGCAGCAACCGCCCCAGGAUGUCCUACCAGCUGCCGCCUUCCUUCCAGCACGCUCCCCGCGGCGUUUCCAGUUUUUCUUGGACCAAAUGGCUGCGCUCUAUAGCGGGAAGCGUGGAGGUGCUUGUAGUGAGGCACGGGAUUCCGAACGAGGAGGUGGGGGUGGUGUGGAGGAAGCUUCGCAGCCUCGGGAUUGUGAUGCACACGAAGGGGGAGCAUAACAAGGAGUGGGAGGCGACAGUGGAGAAUCACAGGGCGUUCACGGAUGAUGGGGAGUAUGAUGAUGAUCUAGAUGAUGAUGGCUUUGGUGGUGAUUCUGAUGAGGACGACGAGGAAGAGGACGAUUCUUAUGAGGAUGAGGAUGAGGAGGAUGAGGAGGAUGAGGAGGAUGAGGAUGAGUAUGGAUAUGGGGGGAGGGGUUAUGGUGGGAGGGGUUAUGGUGGAAGAGGGGGGAGAGGCCGCAAGUCUGCGCAUAAGAAGAAGAAAGUGAAGGUCUGUGCCAAGCCGCCUUCCAUCGGCGCUCCAAAUCUGCGGUUCCUCUUCUUCCCAUCAAGCAAGGCGUGUGACGCACCCACACUGGCUGCACUGCGGCAGGACUACCCCGCCCUGGCGCUCUACUGUGUGGUGGACCGCUCCUUCUAUUGGGAGAGGAAGGGAGUGCGCAUCAACAAUGGGCCACUAGAGCAUCGGAGGCGGGCCAAGAGUGGGCUGGGUGCAUUUGAGAUGGGUGCAUUUGAGAUGGGUGCAUUUGAGAUGGGUGCAUUUGAGCUGGCUCGUUCCGCGGACACGGGUCUAUUCCACCAUCUCGACAACCACUGGGAGUUCUCACCGGGCCGCCUCCCUGGCUCCUGCCUGCUCUCCUUCUCCGUUGACUUUCAGUUCUGCUCCCUGCUCUACACCCAGGUGGGCUCUACACCCAGGUGGGCUCUACAACCAGGUGGGCUCUACACCCAGGUGGGCUCUACACCCAGGUGGGCUCUACACCCAGGUGGGCUCUACACCCAGGUGGGCUCUACACCCAGGUGGGCUCUACACCCAGGUGGGCUCUACACCCAGGUGGGCUCUUCUACACCCAGGUGGGCUCUACACCCAGGUGGGCUGGGCCAUACACCCAAGUGGGCUCUUCUACACCCAGGUGGGCUCUUCUACACCCAGGUGGGCUCUACACCCAGGUGGGCUCUUCUACACCCAGGUGGGCUCUUCUACACCCAGGUGGGCUCUUCUACACCCAGCCAUUCAUUUCCACCUCCACCAACUCUGCACCUGCGCUACCUUUCCUUCGUCAUGGCGUCUCGUAAGGUUCUCCUCUGCCUUGCGCUUGCCCUUGCGGUGCUUGCGGUGGAGGCGCCGCUCGCCUUCGGAGCUGACUCGAACGUCCUGGGAGGCGCCAACUUGAAGCUCAAGGCAAGCCGCCGCUCGCUGUCCGACGACCAUCACGACGACCACAGCCACGACUCCAGCGACCAUCACGACGGCUCCAGCGACGACCAUCACUACGGCGACUCCAACCAUCACGACGGCGACGACGACCACCACUACUACAAGUCGCCGUCCAAGUCGCCGAGCAAGUCGCACGACUCCGACGACUGGUACCAUCAUUCGCCAUCCAAAUCGCCUUCCCAGUCGCCCAACAAGUCUCCGAGCAAGUGGCACGACUCCUCCUCCGACGACAAGUGGCACCACUCGCCGUCGCCCAAGUCGCCGUCGCCCAAGUCUCCGUCGCCCAAGUCUCCGUCGCCCAAGUGGCCCUCCAAGUCGCCGUCGCCCAAGUCUCCGUCGACCAAGUCGCCGUCCCCGAAAUGGCCGAGCAAGUCGCCUGGGAGCAAGCACGACGAUGACCACCCCUGGAAGUCGCCGUCCAAGUCGCCUGUGUGGGGCAAGUCGCCUGAGAAGGGCCACGACGACGACCACCACUGGGGCGGCAAGUCGCCGUCCAAGUCGCCGUCCAAGUCGCCUGUGUGGGGCAAGUCGCCUGGCAAGUACCACGACGACCACGACGACGACCACAGUGGCGAUCAUAGCGAGCACCACUACAGCGCCGGAAAGCCCAGGUGGCAGCACAGCUAG